AUGGAGUCUCAGCCACUUAUGGGUUGGAGCUCUUUCUACGAAAUAGAUGAAGAACCAUUUCCAUUUACGUGCCAAUUUUCUUACAGCGGAAACAGUGAAGUGUAUCCCUCACUGGAUUGGCCCUACGAUUUUCCCAUACAAGACUACUAUAUUGAUGCUGUUCCUCUUAUGGAUUAUUACCCUUCAGAUCCUUUAUAUGAAACACUCACUACUGAACCAACACAAAGCGUGCAAGAUUAUGAUUUUUAUGACAUUAAAAAGGGGCUACCUUUCUGGAAGGAAGUGGAUGCUGUGUUUGAUUCACAAAAAGUAUUUUUAUUUGGCAACAACGAAGAAAGUGGGACCAAGAAGGAAAUGAUGGAGGAUGGAAAAGUUAACGACAACCGAGGGAUAGAAGAGAGAAUCAGCGGUAGCAGUAGCAGUUGCAGAAUGUUGUCAAGGAAGACCAUAUCUCAGUACUUCUACAUGCCCAUAACACAAGCAGCCAGAGAACUUAAUGUGGGCAUAACCCUUUUGAAGAAAAGGUGCAGAGAGGUGGGUAUUAGAAGGUGGCCCCACAGGAAGCUGAUGAGCUUGCAAACUCUGAUAAACAAUGUACAGGAGCUAGGAAAAGAGGAGGGGAGAGAGAGUGAAGAGAAGUUAAGAAGUGCGAUAGAGAUAUUAGAGAGGGAAAAGAAGGUUUUGGAGGAAAUGCCGGAUACUGAACUUGAAGACACUACAAAGAGGCUUAGACAAGCGUGUUUCAAGGCCAACUACAAGAAGAGGAAGCUCACAGUCACAGGGCGGGGGAGGGAACCACACUCUUCUUCUUUCAGUGGCUUUGUUGCUAGAAGUAUUGUUAACGCAACGGGAGAAUAUAGUAAUGAAAGUGAAGAAGAACGAGACAUCAAGUAUCUGUUGUCUCAGUUUCUGGAGUAG